UAGCACGACGCCGCCCUUUCUCAAUGGUCGCGGAAGUUUUGAAGGGGGAAGCGGAGAGGAGGGCCGGGGGAACCUAGCUGGUUCCGGUCCAAACCGGAAGCACGUGACCCGCGCGGUGGUUGCCGUGGGAACGGGCGCUGUUUACACGCAGCUCUGCGUUGUGGCCGGAGACGGCGGAUGGAGCUGGGGCGAGGUGCCUGGAGAAGCAAUGGCCACGGAAGCGUCUCUGAACAUAGCCCCGUCUGAAUGCAGCCCUCCUCUGGACCCAGAAGCAGCUUUCUUUUGGCGGCGAAACCCUGUCAAGAUGCACGUCACGAGGCCCAAGUCUGCCAAGGGACGCACACGAACAAACCUGAACUACUCCCAUAGUUCGGAGUCCUCCUCUUACCGCAAGCCUCCUUCUCCAGCGCCCGUCGUUCCCUGCGAGGUGCCCAGCAGCCAGAAGUCAGUGGGCUCCACUCCCAAACCUCCCAGCCAGGGAACUCCCGAUGAGAUCCCCGAGCUGCUCCAGCAGGUCCCCGUAGGGUCCUCUUCCUCUCUCAACAAGUACCGGGUGCUCCCUUCCAUUAACAAAAAGAACUUGGAAGAGGUGGCUGUGGAGACGGUGGCCAAGCAGGCCGGCACUCUCAAACUGGGCAGCUUGCAGGAGCUCAAGGCCCUUUGCCGGGAGGAGGUCCGCAGCGGGAAGUCGAGGGAGGGGUGUCUGCGCUCUGCCGCCCCUCCCCUGGAGAGCAAGCCCUGCAGCAGAACCAAAGAACGCAGCUUAUCGAGGGCCGGGAACCUGGACGAGCCGUCCGACGGGGAGCCCCGGCUGCUGCUGGCCGUCCGGUCUCCUUCGGGACAGAGGUUCGUCCGACAUUUCAGGCCGACUGACAACCUGCAGACGGUGGUGGCGGUGGCCGAGCAGAAGAACCUGACGACGUAUCACCAUUGUAGCAUCGAAACCAUGGAGGUUCCCCGGAGGAGCUUCUCUGACCUCAGUAAGUCCUUGGAAGAGUGCAGGAUCCCUCACAAGUCCGUGCUGGGCAUCCUCCAGGAAGAGCGAGAGGGCCAGCCCUGAGGGCCCCACGGCUUGCCGGCCUCCUGCUCCUCCGAGCACUGUGGACUUGUCAGCCAUGGAGGUCCCAGGAAGUAAACGGGCCUGGAGUGGCCUGGAGUUCUCAGCACUUCUGUCUCCAGAGAGCCUCCUUUUGAAGUAGUAAGAUGUGUAUAUAAGUUGAGUGUGUUGAAAGACAUCUUUCCAAUCCUUUCCAAGCCUUCCCUCCAUCUCAGAGGUGAGCGGGCAAGUUAACAAAGCUGCUCCGGGUCUUGUUCUCCUGGGAUCCCUGGCCCCCCUCCAGGGGCAGGCCUCUUGGGAGCACUGCUCUGUCUUUGCAGUGGAUUGUACCAAUUCAAAGCCUGCCUUACCUGUCUGGAGAUGGCUGUGGGAAUUCUUCCUCUCCCGGGGAGGGGGGCACUAUCCAGGGGAAUCCUACUUGUUAUGCUAGGGGGUCAGAGAGAGGACUCGCUCUUUUCUUUGAGCCUAGCAUCCCAAGUAUUCACACACUUCUAAGCGUGGCUCCUGAGACACAAAGCAAGCUGCUUUUCAGUUGAGAAUUCCCAGAUGUGAACCCCUUCUUGGGCAGCCACUCUUUGGAGGUAGGGCUCCUUUUAAAAGCUAGUGGGUUCACUUGCUGGGAUGCCUCCUUUUUAUUCCCAUUGCUUUCCCCCCCAUUACCUGCCUUCAAAGGAAUGGGUUGGAACCGGCUCCCUUUCUAGCUCCCCUGUAACCUCUAACCCACUCACAGUGUCCAUGGUCCCACCUGCUCAGUAUUUCCACUUAAGCAGGAUGCCUCUUGGAACUGCUCUGUUCAGUUCUCUCCUUCCCCCGAGAGAGGGGAGGUUAAGCCAUGGUGCAUGUGCUAAAAACUGGUCUCUAGACUUCUGGGUGGGCAGAAGAUGUUCACUCCCUCAACUCAGGAGCAGGAUUUGAGACUGGAGGAGGGUCUUGUUUUCAUAACUACCCAAACAAAAUGAUGAAUACAGACAGUUUGCCAAAGCCCUUUUGUAUUAUUAUAACUUCCCUUCAAACCCACCAGUUCUUUGGACCCUGUUCAUGGCCAAACCUCUGUGGGGAGGGAGCAUUGGGCCCCAGCUGCCAUGUUCCCACACAGAGAGCCGCUCUGAAACAAGGAAAGGGGGAGGUUCUCCCUACUUCUUCUCCCUUCCCAGUUAGCCUCAGUGCUCACCGGCGGGUGACUGUUGAAGAGGCGGGGGCCCAGCCACAAGACAGCCUAGGAGCCCUCCGACGCAGCCAGGUCGGCGCGCGCUGCACCUUGCACCAGAGAAGGGAUGGAGCCCGGCAGAGUGACAGAGGCUUACGCUUAGAGCUCUUGGAUGCAGAAGAUAACUUUUCUUCUCCUUAGCCACACUCCAAGUAAAGCCCGGACUUGUCUUCAGAAGGCUGGACCACGGGGCGGCAUUCCAUACCAGAACAAGCCACUUCGAGAGCUUUGCAGGGCUGUUCUUAGCCUGGCCUGGCCCAGCGAGCCGCUCUGUCAGAGGGAAAUGUGGGCUUGAGCCUACUGGACCCUGGCCAGGCCGGAACGCUUGGGCUUCCUCUUCUUCUACCUUGCCGGGGAGGCCGGGCCAAGUAAUGCCGGCAGCCCCUGGCUCUGGCUUCCAGAGACCAGUCCUCGCUUGGCCCCCCAAGGAUCAGACACUUUCUUCUGCUGGGCGACAGCAUCCCACCUACUCAGUGGUAAGAAAGUCCCGCGAGAAAGCUCCGGCCAAGUGGAGGGACAGCGCCGACUCUGGCAGCGUUCUCCUGGACAGAAGGCGGGCAGCCCUUCCCCAGGCGUGCUGGAGAUGUGUUGUGGAGUCAUGGUGGAACCAUUCAAUAAACUUUUUAAAAAUUUUAAACAUAAGGUGAUGUUUCCUGCGCGAACUGGCGGGCAUGGAGAAGGCCAUGUUGUGCGUUAGCCUGCUGGGCAUCCAGAGCUCCGAGUUGGGCUUGGCUCUAGCUGAGUCCCCCAGCUGUCUACAGCCCCUUGUUUUGGAUCUGCUGGAAGCCAGUCUGUUAAUGGGAUCCCCCCCACACACAGAUGCACACACAUGCUCUGGACUAGGACUUGCUUUUCCAAGCAGAUGGGAAAGUGCUUUUUGGGAUUAAGUUUCUGCUGAUUCUCCCCCAUCAUUCUGAGUACUGGCACUGACUGAAGUCGGAGGACUGGUUUGAAACUGCUUCCUUCUGCUUACAGCCGUGUGACCCUGGUCCUUCUCCCUGAAAUGAGGAGGGCUGGGUUAGUCAAUCUCUAAGGUCCCCAGUGUGGGCCGGGGCAGAGCUAGCAGCUAGGGUUUUACUGCUGAAGGCGACUGAUGAUCCCCUUGCUGGUCACUGAUUGCAUAACGUUCCCAGGGCUCGGUGAUAACAAGGUCAGG